GCACACACCAUUAGUGAGGGAGGCCAGGGCGGGUUACCUCUUUCGAUAAUAUCGUAAGAUCAAUUGCAUGUCUUCACCCUGUUUUCUGAUAUCUACUUCACGGUGCAGCAUCCUUCUUUCGUGCAGACCGGAGCAAUUCAUGACCACUGUCAUUGUCCAUCCACUAUGUCAGUCGUUCCCGUCAGCUCGAUAUCUCUUGCCAAAGGGUGGUCCUUCAAGCGGGGCGACCGCUCCUCUAAUGGAGAAUUUCUUCCCGCUGGCGACCUUCCUACAGAGGUACAUCGAGAUCUCCUCAAACACGGCAAGAUUGAAGAUCCUUUUCAGAAUCUCAACGAGCUUUCCGUCCGCUGGGUGGCCGAAGAGGCAUGGACCUACCGGCUCUCAUUUUCCCCUCCCAAGGGUUACGCUCAUGACGGCUCGAAAACAGUGCUAAGAUUCGAAGGAUUGGAUACCUUUGCUUCGGUUUACCUAAACGGGAGCUUAAUUUUGGAAAGCGACAACAUGUUCGUGGAGAACACUGUGGACGUGACAGGAAAACUCAAGAGCGACAACAAUGUUCUCGAGCUUACUUUCGAUAGCGCCCGCUUAAGAGGGUUAGACUUGGUCGAGAAAUAUAAGGACCAACACCGAUUCAUUGUUCACCAAACUGAGGUCUCGCGAGGCCCUGUUCGGAAGGCCCAGUAUGCGUGGGGAUGGGAUUGGGGCCCCAUUCUCUUGACAGCUGGACCAUGGAAGCCAAUUUGGCUUGAGACUUACACGGCAAAAAUUGAGGAUGUUUGGGUCGAGUACGAUCUUGACAAAGACCUCAAAAGGGCAUCGGGGACACUUCAUGCGCAAGUCGAUGGUCCAGGAAGCAAAGUAAUUUUCGAGAUUAGAGAAAAGUCCGCUGACAAGUUGGUCGGGAAGUAUGAGACCGUGGUCAAGAAUGGCACCGCGUCUGUUCCAUUCAUCGCACAGAUUUCCCUCUGGUGGCCGCGCACAUACGGAGCACAGAACCUUUACACCAUCAAGGCCACACUUGUUUCAUCAGAAUCCACACCUCAAGUGGACCUCUGCUCUGUGUCAAAGACCAUCGGCUUCCGUAAGACUGAGCUCAUCCAAGAGAAAGACAAGCGCGGAACCAGCUUCUACUUCCGUAUCAACGAUGUUGAUAUUUUCGCGGGAGGCUCUUGCUGGAUUCCUGCAGAUUCCUUUCUUACUUCCAUUUCUCCGGAGCGCUACCGAGAUUGGGUUCAACUCGCUGCGGAAGGAAACCAAUCCAUGAUCCGAGUCUGGGGCGGUGGUAUCUACGAACCUGACUCCUUCUAUGAUGCAUGCGACGAAUUUGGUGUGUUGGUAUGGGAAGACUUUAUGUUUGCAUGCGCCAACUACCCUGCAUACCCAGAGUACCUAUCUUCCGUUGAACUUGAGGCCCGGCAAAACGUUCGUCGACUGCGUAGUCACCCAUCCAUAGUCAUAUGGGCAGGUAACAACGAGGACUAUCAAAUCGUGGAACGUUACGGACUGGAAUACCACUUUACGGAGGACAAAGACCCCCAAUCUUGGCUGAAGACAGACUUCCCCGCACGAUAUAUCUACGAGCAUCUACUACCCAAGGUCAUCCAAGAAGAAUCGAAGAAUGUCCCGUAUCACCCCAGCUCACCUUUUGGAAAUGGCACAAGCACGACCCUCAAGGUAGAUCCUACUGUAGGUGACAUUCAUCAAUGGAAUGUCUGGCAUGGAGAAAUGAAACCGUACCAGAAGCUCGGGAGCAUGGGCGGACGCUUCGUAUCCGAGUUCGGCAUGGAAGCAUAUCCCCAUCUGGAGACUCUUGAGAAGAAUGUGACACAGGACGUCGACCGUGUGCCGGGGUCUAUGGCGAUGGACUUCCGGAACAAAGCUAUCGGCCACGAACGCCGGCUGGUAUCGUACGUAGCAGAGAACUUCCGCAUCAAGUACUCGGUUGAAGAUUUCACACACUUGACACAGGUCAUGCAAGCAGAUGCCAUGAGCUGGGCUUACAAGUCAUGGCGAAGACAAUGGGGAACAAAAGGCAGUCGAGAUUGCGGCGGUGUGCUCGUGUGGCAGUUGAACGAUUGCUGGCCCACCAUGUCGUGGGCGAUUGUCGAUUACUACCUGGUUCCCAAACCGGCCUACUAUGCUAUAAAACGAGCGAUGGAGCCGAUUACAAUCGGUGUGACUAGAAAGUUCAACGACUGGACAAUGAGGCCUGCCGAUGCGUUAUGGAAAAGGGACACUAGCCACAUCGAUAUGAGGCUCAUCUGGGAAAAUGUUGAGUUCAACGUCUGGGUUGCUAGCAGCAGUGGUGAUGAAGCCAAAGCAACAGUUGAAGUCAAAUUCUUGUCCAUCCGUGAUGGGAAGGAAGUCGAGCCGGCCAUCAAUCUGGAUAUCACAAUUCAAGGAAAUGGAACCACCGAAGUCAUCCAAGAACGCAAAGUAGAAAAAUCGAACGGGCAAGAUCCAAGAAAACCAUUUGAACCCUCGAAAGCUGACCCUUUCAUUAUCUACGCUGUAUUGAGUAUCAAUGGCAAAGAAGUCGCAACUGACGUUUCGUGGCCCGACCCGAUCAAAUAUAUCCAAUUUCCUCCGCGUGAACCUCAAAUCCGGUAUUCCGAAGACAAGUCAACAAUCUUCAUUUCUGCGGUGACUCCAAUCAAGGGAUUCGUUUUCAGCGAGCUACAGGGAACAAAACUCAGCGACAAUGGUUUCGAUCUUAUACCAGGUGUGACAAAGACGAUAACGGUGUCGGGCGUUCCAGCAGACCGUCUGAAAUGGGCCUACAUCUGAUCAAAUAGAAUCAUAGAUAUAGAAUUGGAGAGAGA